AUGCAUAGAACAUACUCCUUGAGAUCCUCGAAGGCUCCUACCGCCUCUCAAUUGCAAUCUCCACCACCACCAACUUCUUCUACCAAGUCUAAAUUUUUCGGUAAGAGUGGUAUUGCUUCCACUUUCAGAAAGACCGUGGCUGGCUCCACCGGUCCAGAAUUAUCUAGAAAGUUGGCUGGUUAUAUCAAGGUUGAAAAGAAUGUUAUGAGAGCCAUUGAAUUGACCGCUAGAGAAAGAAGAGACGUUGCUAAGCAAUUGUCCGCUUGGGGUGAAGAAAAUGACGAUGAUGUCUCUGAUGUUACCGACAAGUUGGGUGUUUUAAUUUACGAAAUCGGUGAAUUAGAAGACCAAUACAUUGAUAAGUACGAUCAAUACAGAAUCACCUUGAAGACCAUCAGAAACAUCGAAGCUUCCGUUCAACCUUCCAGAGACAGAAAGCAAAAGAUUACUGAUGAAAUUGCCCACUUGAAGUACAAGGACCCUCAAUCUCCAAAGAUUCCUGUUUUGGAACAAGAAUUGGUUAGAGCUGAAGCCGAAUCCCUUGUCGCCGAAGCCCAAUUAUCUAACAUUACUAGAGAAAAGUUGAAGGCUGCUUUCAACUACCAAUUUGAUGCUACCAGAGAAUUGGCUGAAAAGUACGCUUUGAUUGCCGGUUACGGUAAGGCUUUAUUGGAAUUGUUAGAUGACUCUGCUGUCACCCCAGGUGAAACUAGACCAGCUUACGAUGGUUACGAAGCUUCCAAGCAAAUCAUCAUUGAUGCUGAAAACGCUUUGGCCGCAUGGACUUUGGACUCUGCUGCUGUUAAGCCAACUUUGUCUUUACACCAAGAGUACGAUGAAGAACCUCUUGAAGAUGAUCACGUUGCUGAAGCCGAAGAACAAUGGGCUGAACACGAUGCCGUCUCCAAGUAA